AUGGAGGAGCUGAGCAGCGUGGGCGAGCAGGUCUUCGCCGCCGAGUGCAUCCUGAGCAAGCGGCUCCGCAAGGGCAAGCUGGAGUACCUGGUCAAGUGGCGCGGCUGGUCCUCCAAACAUAACAGCUGGGAGCCAGAGGAGAACAUCCUGGACCCACGGCUGCUCCUGGCCUUCCAGAAGAAGGAACACGAGAAGGAGAUACAGAACCGAAAGAGGGGGAAGAGGCCCAGGGGCAGGCCCAGGAAGCACACGGUCACAUCGUCCUGCAGCCGUCGCUCCAAGCUYAAGGAACCCGAUGCACCCUCCAAAUCCAAGUCYAGCAGUUCCUCCUCUUCCUCCACGUCAUCUUCGUCUUCCUCAGAUGAAGAUGACGACAGUGACUUAGAUGCCAAAAGGGGUCCCCGAGGCCGUGAGACCCACCCAGUGCCUCAGAAGAAGGCCCAGAUCCUGGUGGCCAAGCCUGAGCUCAAGGAUCCCAUCCGUAAGAAGCGGGGGCGCAAACCCCUGCCCCCGGAGCAGAAGGCGGCCCGGCGGCCUGUGAGCCUGGCCAAGGUGCUGAAGACCGCCCGAAAGGAGCUGGGGGCCCCAGCCAGCAAGCUGCCCCCUCCACUCAGCGCCCCUGUGGCAGGCCUAGCGGCCCUAAAGGCCCAUGCCAAAGAGACCUGUGGCGGCCCCAGCACCAUGGCCACCCCGGAGAACCUGGCCAGCCUGAUGAAGGGCGUGACGGGCAGCCCCAGCCGUGGCGCCAUCAGCUGGCAGAGCUCCAUUGUGCACUACAUGAACCGCGUGGGCCAGAGCCAGGCCCAGGCGGCCAGCAGACUGGCACUCAAGACCCAGGCCUCCAGCAAGUGCGGCCUGGGGCUGGACCUAAAGAUGAGGACGCAGAAAGGGGAGCUGGGGAUGAGCCCCCCAGGAAGCAAAGUCCCAAAGGCCCCCAGCAGUGGAGCUGGGGAGCAGAAAGGGAGCAGCGCAGGGGGAGGACCCYACACCCAUGGCAGCAGCAAGGUCCCCGCCGGGUGCCCAGGCUCCCAGCUGGCACCCACCCAGGAGCUGAGCUUGCAGGUCUUGGACUUACAGAGUGUCAAGAAYGGCAUCCCUGGAGUGGGCCUGCUUGCCCGCCAUGCCACAGCCACCAAGGCCAUCCCUGCACCCCACCCCGGCACAGGGAAGGGCACUGGGGGUGGCCCGGGUGCUGUGAGUGCAGCCGGCAUGACCACUGAGGCGGGCAAAGGGGAGAAGCUGGCCUCCAGAGCAGCAGCACUGCCCACCCCUGCAGGCAAGAGGGAGAACAUCAAGAACAGCUCUGCCCCCGGGGGACAGGACGGCCACGCAGCCCCCGGAGAAGUCCGCAAGGCCACCAUGCUGUCGGAGAUGAGCACUGGUGAAGAGAACAGCAGCUCCGACUCGGACCCUGACUCGGCCUCGGUGCCAGGUGCCGGGCAGAGUCUGUCAGUGUCCGUCCAGACCAGCCAGGACUGGAAACCUACCCGCAGCCUCAUCGAGCACGUGUUUGUCACUGAUGUCACAGCCAACCUCAUCACUGUCACGGUGAAGGAGUCCCCCACCAGCGUGGGCUUCUUCAACCUGAGACAUUACUGA